GGAAUAGCCGGAAUAUUGCGUUACGGGCGUUGUGACAGUACGCGACAAGCGCCAACGCCACGUCGCGACGCGUCCGCUCGAUGCGCUUUCCACACUUCUUACACCAGCUCUACACCUCGCCUUCAUGCCCGAGCUAGAUAUCCUGCACGGCUUCGAGUAUAUCACGAAGCGGCUACAACGCCAGUGGACACAGAAACAUAAAGCACCUUUCAAAGGUCUGUUCUAUGCCAACUUUCCAAGCAGUGGGCGGGCCACCUUGGCGCGGACUGACACGUAUUGGUUACCUUGUACUAGCCUCGCUGCAAAUUUUUCCUCGAGUCUUUGCUCUUGGAACACACGGCACUAAUGGGCGGAAGGAUGGGGGAACAAAAGGAAAGGAUUACCAGAGCUGCACAGUGGAGACUUCGUCUUCCCUGUUCGAUUACGUCGACAAUCUCGAGCCAUGUCCGGAGAACUACCAGGCAAACUCUCACGAUGUAGCCAGAUCGAAAAACGAGGAAUACGCUCGCUAUGUCAAGCCAUUGCAAUCCGGGGAGCUCUUUGUCAAGACGAGAGGGAAAGAGAUCAUCUUCGCAGCUGGAUAUCACGCUGUUCGCGUACAUUUCGGACUCGAAGGCACUAUCGUCAUAGUUCCCACCUCCGCAUAUCACGAACUCAUCUCGAAGGACGCCCCUGGAAACAGCACGACAAAACACCGGGCCAACAAGAUGCGCAGCUUCGUUGUCCCUCCGGAGCUCACCACGCCGGGUGCACGCAAACUCUCUAAGGGUUCAACGCAAACGGCCGCGGUAUUUGCGGCCGUAGUGGGACAAGAAGACACCAUUCUCAUCACCGAUCAUAACCGCCUCACGCGUCUCCACAUGAUGAGCCGGUCAAGCCAUUGGACCGCUGAUGAUUUGGACAAGGUGUCUGUGUACUGGCCUUUCUUAUGGAGUCGUAACCAUGGUCCUGACUGGAUCUACGAGACGGACGAUGCGUUGAAGAAUCUCGAUCAAUGGCGGGAAAUUGUGCUUCAGACUCUGUCGGCAGCCCCGACAAUACGCUCGACACGCUCGAUCCUACAAGCGUUACUUCACACUCAGCAGGUUUACAACGGCUAUGGAGCCCACACUGCAAUGGAUCUACUCCACCGUCUGGGGAUCUGGCCUGGGAUGCCUCUGUUCGAGUUCUGCUCCAACGACGAGCUAUACAGCCUCUUGAGGAAAAUCCUGCCCGUCGACGCAUCUCAGUACGUCUCAUCCACCUAUCGAACUCGCUGUCUCUCGCUGCCCAACCGCGAAGCCGCAUUUGCUUUCAACUACAAGAGCGACAUCAAUUUCGUCAAUCAAUUUCUCAAGGUAUAUCGCAAGUGCUCUGUUAAGAUGUCCAGAGAACAGUACAAUAUGUACGUCAAAAACGGCCUCUUCAAUCCAUUGCAUACCAUCGGCGCACCUUACGCGUACACGGAGGCCGAACUCUUAUCGGACGAUGAAGUGGAGUACAAGAUGAUGCCGGUCUUCAGGUAUGAGGACGGCGACGUCAUGUACUCUGCCAUUCAAGCUCGGCGCCCCUCACAUUGGCGAGGAGCGGCAAGUAUCCCGGUAGGUCGACACCAUCGAGUAAAGUUCAUAGCCUCGUAG